AUGGCAGAAACAGUCCUCUUCAACAUUGCACAAGGGAUCAUUGAAAGGUUGGGCUCCCGUGCUUUUGAAGAGAUUGGAUUGGUUUGGGGUGUCAAAGAUAAGCUCCGAAAGCUUAAGGAAAAAGUUGCUCAACUCCAGGCUGUUCUUCUUGAUGCUGAGCAAAAACAAGCCAACAAUAAUGAAGUCAAAGUGUGGCUUGAAAGCGUAGAAGAUGCAGUUUAUGAAGCUGACAACGUGCUCGAUGAGUUUCAUACUGAAGCUCAGUGGAGACAAAUGGUAUCUGGAAAUAAUACUGUUUCAAAGCAGGUACGCAUCUUCUUCUCUAGCUCAAAUCAGCUUGUUUUUGGGCUGAAAAUGGGUCAUAAGAUAAAAGAUCUUAACAAGAGACUUCAUGAGAUUGCCUCGAAUAGAACAUUUGGUCAAUUAGAAAGGAAGCGUGAAGAUGUAGAAUUAGUAAGAAGAGAGAGGGUCACUCACUCAUUUGUCCGGGAGGAUAAAAUAAUAGGAAGAGAUGAAGAUAAAAGAGCAAUUAUUCAACUUUUGUUGGAUUUGGAUCCCAUCUCUACAAAGAACACAGAGAAUGUGUCCACCAUUUCCAUUGUGGGAUUUGGAGGAAUGGGAAAAACUGCACUUGCCCAACUCGUAUUCAACGAUGAAGAGGUUCAAAAGCAUUUUGAGCCGAAAAUGUGGACAAGUGUCUCCAAUUCAUUUCAAUUGGAUAUACUAGUUAAGAAAAUCCUGAAAGCGGAUAACCUUGACAUGGAUCAGUUGCAAAAUGAGCUUAGGAAGAAGAUCGAUGGGAAUAGAUACCUCCUUGUGUUAGACGAUGUGUGGAAUGAAAAUCGUGAAAAUUGGCUUGCCUUAAAAGACUUGUUGAUGGGCGGUGCAAGAGGUAGUAAAAUACUAAUUACUACUCGUAGUGAAACAGUUGCAAAGAUAACAGACACAUCUAAACCGUAUAACUUAAGGGGUUUAAGUGAAGAGCAGUCUUGGUAUUUGUUUAAGAAAAUGGCAUUCCAAGAUGGAAAAGAGCCAAUGAGUUCAACCAUUAAGGCCCUUGGGGAGGAGAUUGCAACAAAAUGUAAGGGGGUUCCUCUUGCUAUAAGGACCAUAGGACGGAUGUUGUACACUAGAGAUCCAGAUUCUGAGUGGUCGGCUUUCAAGAAUAACAAGCUUUCAGCAAUAUGGCAAGAAGAAAAUGAUAUUUUACCAACACUUCAGUUGAGUUAUGAUGUUCUCCCAUCACAUUUGAAACAUUGUUUUGCUUACUGUAGUUUGUUCCCGCCUGAUUAUGAGAUUCCCGUACAGAAUUUAAUUAAGCUGUGGAUGGCACAAGGGUUCGUUAAGUCUUCAAAUCCUAAUGAGUGCUUGGAAGAUGUUGGUUAUGAAUAUUAUAACGAACUAGUUUGGAGAUCUUUUUUCCAACAAGAAGAAAAAGAUGAGUUUGGUAUAAUAAAAAGCUGUAAAAUGCAUGAUCUCAUGAAUGAACUUGCUGUUAAAGUGGCAGGGGAGGGAAGCACAAUAAUAGAUCGCAAUAAGACUGAUUUUGAUGCAAAACGUCUUCUUCAUGUAUCAUUCGAUUUUGAUGUUGAUUUGUCGAAAUGGAAAAUACCAACAUCCUUGGCGGAAUCAAAUAAGCUAAGGACUUUUCUUUUCCUAAGCCAAGAUCAGCUGUGGUGGGGGAAGUCAUUCCAUAAGUCAUUUUGUGCUACAAUUGCUUCAAAUUUUAAGUCAUUGCGUAUGUUGAGUUUGAAUGAAUUGAGAAUUACAAAAUUGCCAAAAUGUCUUAGGAAAAUGAAACAUUUAAGAUAUCUUGAUCUUAGUGCUAAUCCCAUUGAGAGGCUUCCAAAUUGGAUAGUCAAACUUCAAAAUUUGGAAACACUAAAUCUCUCAAGAUGUGACUCUCUUGUGGAACUGCCUAGAGAUAUUAAGAAAUUGAUCAACUUGAGGCAUCUCAUUCUGGAAUGUUGUUAUGAAUUGGCUCGAAUUCCACCUGGAUUGGGUGAAUUGACUUGUCUUCGUACUUUGAGUAGAUUUGUUUUGAGCAAAAACAAUUCCAUGUUGAGGGACGGUGCAGGGCUCGGUGAGUUGGGGAAGCUGAAGGAUUUAAGAGGAGGGUUGGAGAUCAGAAAUUUGAGGUACAAGAAAGAUAUGAUGUCAGAAUUGAAUUAUGAUGGUGCAGUUUUGAAGGAGAAACGCCAUCUUUAUUUGUUGACUUUACAUUGGAUGCGCAUUGAAAGAGAAAAUAGUGAUGCGAUUGAGGAGGAGAGUGAUGUAAUUAUUAAGUCAAUGGAAGCGCUGCAGCCCCAUUCAAGUCUAAAACAGUUAGUCGUGGACAAAUACCCGGGUGCGAGGUUUGCGAGUUGGUUUCAUUCUCUCACAAAUAUUGUUAAUCUCGGAUUUUUUCGGUGUGAUAGAUGCCAACAUCUUCCACCGUUGGAUCAUUUACCUUUUCUUAAGAGUCUUAGGCUUUCGAGGUUAAGGAAUUUGGAGCACAUAUCAGAAGACAUGGUUAAAGACUUUGCCAGUGAUGAGAUGAUGAUGUCAGCUGCUUCUCCAUCGACGAACUUCUUUCCCUCCUUAGAGAGUCUUUAUCUAUCUGAUUGCCCUAAUCUCAAGGGAUGGUGGAAGAAUGAAACAGCUUCAGCUUUUUCAUUUCCUUGUCUUUCUACUUUAGCUAUAUGGAGUUGUCCUAACCUAACUUCCAUGCCACUAUGCCCAAAUCUUGAUAAACUAAAGUUAUUGAGAAGUAGCUGGAAGGUCCUUCCCUCCUCCCUUGCUCUCUUCAAAUUAAAAUCUCUGGAGAUUAUGAGCGUUGAGGAUAUAGAAUAUGUGCCAGAAGAAUGGAUUGACAACCUCACAUUACUCCAGAAGCUUGAAAUUGAAGAUUGCCCUAAUUUGGUAUCACUACCAGAUCAAGGCUUGGGUCGCCUCAUCUCCUUACAGAGAUUGCAUAUUUCAAAUUGUCCAAAAUUGGCAUCACUACCAGAUCAAGGGAUAGGCCGCCUUAUCUCCUUACAGAGACUGCAUAUUUCAUUUUGUCCUAAAUUGGCAUCACUACCAGAAGGGAUCGGCAACCUCACAUUACUCCAGCACCUCUUAAUUAGGCGUUGUCCUAAUUUGGUAUCAAUUCCAGAUCAAGGGAUGGGUCGCCUCCUCUCCUUAAAGAGACUGCAUAUUUCAAAAUGUCCUAAAUUGGCAUCUCUACCAGAAGGGAUCAACAACCUCAAAUCACUUCAGUUGCUUUGGAUAUGGGAUUGCCCUAAUUUGGCAUCACUUCCAGAAGGGCUUCGUUGCCUCACCUCAUUAAAAAGGUUGAUAAUUGAGGAUUGCCCCAUCUUAAAGCAAAGAUGCCAGAAAGAAACAGGUGAGGACUGGUCCAAGAUUGCUCACAUCCCAGACAUUAGCACUUAUCCAUAG